AUGGUGAGACCUAAGGAUAAAUUUUGGGAACAUGUAGAGCAACGUGGUUUGGGCCGUUUCACAUGUAACUAUUGUGGACUUAAUUAUUCUGGGAGUGUUUCACGAGUGAAGGCUCAUUUAGCUUGUCAACCUGGACAUGAUGUUCAAAUUUGCACCCAAGUUCCUGAGCACAUUCAAGCUGAUGCCCUGGCAGAAUUUAAUUUGAGUAGAUCUGCUAAGAAAAGAAGGAGUGAUUCUCUUGAAAGUGGAAUGAGUUCCACAAGUAGCACACCUUCUAUGUCUCAUGUUAGGGGUGCACAUCAACCCAUAAUGCUAGAGAUGGCUGCUAAGCAAGACAAGAAAUCAUUGGACAUGUUGGUAACUGAUUUUUUUGUCAAUAAUAACAUUUCCUUCAAUGUUAUUCAGAAAAAUUCUUUUAUUGAGAUGCUAAGGGGUGCAUGUGCGUAUGGUACAAGUUAUGUUGUACCUAGUUAUAGCAAUCUUCAGACCAGUUUGAUUCCUGGGAAAAAAGCAGAAAUCAUGCAAUAUGUUAGCAAUAUAAAGACGACAUGGGGUAUCACAUGUUGCACAAUUAUGUCUGAUUCUUGGACUGACAUAAAGAAGAGGUCAUGGGUUAAUGUGAUUGCUUACUCUCCUGGGGGUGCUGUGUUUUUGAAAUGUAUUGAGUGCAGUAUAAAUAUAUUAACUUCAACAUUUCUUUUCAAUGAAAUUUCUGAUGUCAUUGAAAAAGUUGGACCAAACAAUGUUGUGCAAUUUAUUUUAGAUAAUGGUUAUAAAUUUUGUUCUUGUGGUGAUAUGUUGUCUGGAAAAUGGCGUCAUGUAUAUAGAACAAAUUGUGCUGCUCAUGGGAUUAAUUUGUUUUUGAAAGAUAUUCACAAAAAAGUUAAAUGGGUGAGGGAAGUUAUAGAAGAUGGAAAACUUGUAGUGGAUUAUAUUCACAGGCACACAGGUAUUGUAGCAUUGAUGAGAAAAUUCACCAACAAUAGAGAUAUCAACCAGCCUUACAAGACAAGGUUUGGUACUUAUUUUUUUAUGCUGCAGUCUCUUAUUGUUGUUGAGAAUGAGUUGAGGCUUUUUGUUGCAUCAUUUGAGUGGAGAGCCUUUCAAUUCAAUAGAGCUGAAAUGGCAGUGAGAAAUGUUGGAAUAAUUCAAUCAGAUACAUUUUGGGAGGGGGCAAAGGAAGUUGUUGCUUUCAUGGAGCCACUUAUUCGUAUUCUUCGCCUUGUUGAUUUAGAUGGUUCUACUGCAGGUUACUUAUAUGAAGCAACAGAAAGGGCAAAAGAAACAUUGAGAAAAUUUGUGGAAAGGAUGGAGGGAAGUAUUUAG